ACCAGAGGGAAAAAAAAAAAAAAGAGAAAAAAACCUACACCAAAUACGCACGCAAAGGGAACAGUUCAGUGGUGUGCCUCCGUUUCUCUGUGUGGAUUGGGAAGUAAUAGAUUGAAGGGAAGGAAGGAAGGAAGGAAGUUUGGUUGAUUGGUGCGAUCUGGUGAAUCCCAUUUGAUCGAUCUGUUCGGAGAGGGAAAGCUUAAAAGGAAAGAUAAGGGGGAUAUGGUGGGAUGAGGGAGUGGAGGAAGGAGGAAAAACGGAGAGGGAGAUGGCCAGAGAAGGCAGAGCCAAAUGGGGCGGUUUUGGUUCGGGUUCGGGUCAGGGCCAGUGCUCGUAUAAAAGAAUCACUCUGAUUGUUUGUUCCGUUAACAUUGUUAUUGCUCUCUAUGUUCUUCGUCAUCUCUACGCUUCUCUCUACAUUUAUUCCAAUAAAGAUAAUGUUGUAAAGUAUACACCAGAUCAGAUUAGGAAAAUGGAAGAAUCAAUGAAGAUUCGAAGAGCCAGUGAACCUGUAGAGCUUGUUAAAUUGGUAAAGCAAUUGAAACAUGAAUUUUCGGGUGAAGAAUCAGUGGCUGAACUGCCGCAGGCUGUUAAGCAUAAGAUAACUGAUGAGAUCCUGCAGAGAUUGAGAAGUUUGAGACCAAAUGCCAAUGCCAGUGAGCAGCAGGAAGUGGUUGAAACCUGGCGCAAGGAGAAACUAAAAGAAGCCAAGAUGUUGGCCCUUGGAGGAGAGGGUUUGAAAUCAACUCUUUCACAAGAGGAAGCAGGGAUGUUAGUAAAAACCUUGGAGUCUAGUUGGGCUAUGCUUUUGGAAGACAUUGGCCUUUGGAUACCCACCGAGAUUAAUAAUAAAGAACAUGAUGAUAAGCCUGAGGGUGUGGAAGAUACUGAUGAGGAUCAAAUUUUAGCUGGGAGGCCUCUUCCACCAGAAUGCCGUGCUGAACUUCAUACGGAUUAUGAUGGUGCUGCUGUUAGAUGGGGUCUUACCCACCGCAAAGAAAGUGCAGCUGAUUGCUGCCAGGCUUGCUUAGAUCAGGCGAAACAUGCAAAGCCCGGUGAAAAGAAAUGCAACAUAUGGGUUUAUUGUCCAUUGGAGGGUGGUUGCUAUUCCCCUGAUAUAUAUGAACACAAACACAUGGAGUGCUGGCUGAAAGCCUCAGAGAAGCCCCGACUGAACUUCAAGGACAGUUAUUCUGAAGCAUAUAGAAACAGCCACCCGACAGCUCCUGUUAUUGUUCCUUGGGUAUCUGGUGUUGUUAGUGUAUGACCGAAUUCCGAUCAACAAGACACGAUGGGCAAUCAAUUCGAGAUUAGCUGACUCUAGCUCUACCGAAAUCUGCACAAUGACCCAUUUACAUCUGAUGAAAAACUUAACCUCUGCUUAUUAGUACCAUAUAUCGUCUCUUUGGUUUUGGAACAACCUAGGGAAAAAGGUGGGGAAGCGGGUGGUGUUACUCCCACCCUACUUCUGACAAGUCAAUUUUUUGUACCAAGAAAUUUAUAUUGGUCAUUGGUGGUCUCAGCACUGAUGAUUUUAAGAUGUGAAAGUCCAGUGCUGGGAUGAGGUUAUAGUAAGACAUGACAAGCUUUUCUUUGUGGAUUAUUAGUUACAGAUGUCAAAAUGGUUCUGUUGUAAGGGGAAAUUGGAAUUUCAUGCACCAACCACUAAGCAUUCACUCGGGUGCAGGACAUUAGAAUGUUGGAUGUGAAUACUUUUAGACCAAUUCUAUUCCACAUAUUAGCUCGCUUAAGCUCUUA